UCCAGCCAGUUCUUUGCUCGGCCUAGCAACCAAAAUCCCAACCACAAUGAUUACAAAGUGUAUUACCGGUUUUGCACUAAUUGCCCUUUUGAGCGUAACUAGAGCGAGCAGUGUAGAAAAUCAGUGUCCACCCACCGCAACCGGGUUUGUUGUGAAUUCGCUGCAGGGUAAUGGAUAUAGUAUCCGUGCAUCAACGCGUGCCAAUGAAUUUUAUGUAAACAUUGUCAAUGGUAUCCAACUGCGCAUUUUUGUUGCACAGAAUGGAUUUUUGGUUAAUGGAACUGAUGCCAGAGGUGGUAAACUGACCGUUAAUGCUAAUGAUGGACGAGUGGAGUUCGUUGCCCCUUCACCAGGUUCCACUGCCAAAAAACCCUGUGAAUCCCAGAAAUUUCCGGAGGGAUAUACAGCGACGGAAGGCAUUGGAGCACAUAAAUACCAUAAAACCAAAAAAACAUGGAACGACGCCCGCAACACCUGCAUCGACGAAGGAGGUCAUCUCGCCGUAAUAACUUCGGAUGCUGAGGAAAAACUCAUAUUAAACAUGGUUAAUGCCGUAAAAUACGACGAUACAUGGCUCGGGGUCCACGAUCUUUUUGCCUUCCGAGACUGGGUGACCGUGCAAGGCGUGAGGCUCAAUGCAACUGGCUACGCUAGGUGGUCUCCACGUAUCUCACCUAAUCCAGAUAACUACGGGGGGAAUCAGCGUUGUGUGCGGUUACUCAAUUCCGGCGGCAUGGAUGAUAUUCAAUGCUCAUCGUAUAUAUCUUUUGUUUGCAAAAUUCAAUGCGACACUUGUCCCGCAAACACCAGCCUUUUGGUGCCAACGAAAGCUCAUUAAUUCUGUUAAAUCUUUUUUGAUUGUAUUCCCUAUCCAAUGUAGAUUCUGUACCAACUGAAAUAUGAAUAAAAUGAUGUCACAUGUUU